UGACUUCCCCGUCCCUGGUCUUACAAAGAUGACAGAGCCAUGCGAAUUCCUUCCGUUGGAGAUUCCAAUCCCACCACCUCCUGUCCCCUCUGGAUCUCCAGUCCACCGUUCGAUCCCUCCUCCAUCGCUUUCUCGCUUGCCUCAUCCUACGUAAUGGCAUUUCAGUCCAGAGGAGUAGGUGCUAAUUGUUGAAUUGGUGGAGCAGUUGCCCUUGCUGUCUCUUCUCUUCUCUUGCUUACGCGUUCUGCCCGCUAGCUGAAAGACCGUCGCUAUUUUGCUGUUCUUCUGGGGAGAUCGGAGACAUGUCGAUCGCCAUGGGAACCCCUUUCUUCCAUGAGCUCAGGAAGCAGGCCUCCUACUUCUUCAAAGAAAAGAUCCGGACCGCACGGUUGGCUCUCACCGAUGUUACUCCCGCUGAAUUGCUGACAGAAGAAGCAACAAAUGGGAAUCCAUGGGCACCAGACGCGAGGACAAUGGGUUUCAUAUCACGGGCGGCAUUCGAGAUCGAUGACUACUGGAGAAUUGUGGAGAUCCUGCAUAAGAGGUUGGCCAAAUUUGAUAGGAAGCACUGGAGGGAGCCUUACAAGGCCUUGAUACUUUUGGAGCAUCUUCUAACUCAUGGACCUGAGAGCACCGCAGAGGAGUUUCAGAGCGACAAGGAAGUUAUCCAAGAAAUGGAAAACUUUCAGUUCAUUGAUGAAAGAGGGUUUAACUGGGGACUGACUGUGAGAAAGAAAUCAGAGAGGGUGUUGAAGCUGCUUGAGAAAGGGCCAGUUCUUACAGAAGAGCGGGACCAGGCUCGAAGAAUUACUCGUGGAAUUCAGGGAUUUGGUAGCUUCAAUCUAAGUUGGUCAUCCACCAAUAAGAAUGGCAUCGAACAGGCUUCGAAUUGUUAUGGGAGAAGUAAUUCGCACUACGAAGGUUACAGCCAGCAGGAAGACAUAGUCCCUGAUAGCCAAAAGGAGAAUUUAAGUCCGGAUGAUCGGCUUGAUUUGCAGAUGAACAAGAAAACUGAAUCAGGAGAGAGACUGAUGAAGGAGAAUUCAGUGGACAAGAGUUUGCCAAAAAAGGGCCUUCCUCCGAGGGAAUCAAGACCACUUUUGACUUGUCAAGAAGGGAUGAAAAAUGAAUUCCAGAGAGAAGACCACCCAUUUAACAAACUUGAAUAUCAAAGCAUGGAGUCAAGGCUUCUUUUAAGUCGGAAUUCAGUCUGAUCUUCCUGAAGAAAUUUGGGGCACGAGGCUACAGAGUGAAAACUAGCAGCAUCUGAGGUUGUUUGACCAGAUCUCUCGCAACAGCCUAUUGUUCUUUUGUUUUCUAUAGUGAUUCUAUCCAACUCCUCAGCUAGAGCUAUGAUAUGAGGCCAUGAUAUGUCACCACCUAUCGAGAGUUUGAUGCAGGAUUGCCAUCUUGAGCUUUGCAAGUAGACGUCGUGUCUGCAAAAUUACUACUAUAGCUUAGCAUUAUAUGUGGUGAUCAUGUCCCUGAAGUUUGUGUAGCCCUUGGGUUUGUUAUCUGUAGAAAGGAGUGAACAAUGUAUUGAUACGAAAAUAUGUGAAUGAUGAUAACAUGCUUUGUGCUUGCCA